GGUGGCUGGCUACAGCCACUUACCGGCACCCGGCUGCCAAAGGUGGGGCGGAGCUUUGGUGUGUGCGUUUACUGCUGCGGCUGGGGCGGCGGUGGCCUGCUCGUCGGCGCAUAGGGGCCUGGGGUGGAGUCCCCAUGCCGUGGUGGUGGAGCUCGUGCCCGUGAGUGGCUGGUGACUAUGGGGGGCUGUGGUGCUGGUUUGCAGUGGCGGCUCGGUUGCUCGCCAGAUCUAGCGGCUGGCCAGCACAUGCAGGAGCUGGCUGGGCCUGUGGCGGAGGCGGCCUGGUGGUGCUGCUCGUCUGCCGAUGGCCCAAGAAUUCUGUGGCCGCUCGGGUGAAGGCCCCCAGUUUUCUCUUCUCGUUAGCUCUUCUAUAGAGAUGGCCAUGGCCGCCCGAUGCCCAAGCACCGCCGGCGUCCAGACCCCAUCCACGCUAUCCCCAUCUCGCCGGAGACCUGCACCAAGUCCCAUCCAGCGUCCGCACCACCACCUUCGGCCCCUGCCCCGCAGCUCUGCAGCCCGAGCGCUUCAGCCACCUCCCAAAGCAGAGGAGAGGAGCUCCCUGCCACGAGCCUUUCCAGUGCCGGCAAACCAGCAGGCCGACCCGCCCCCUACUCCGCCAAGCUUCACCAUCGCUGGGAUGCCCCCUCCUCCCCUUCCCCGCUUGGAUCUGGCAGGCGCCGGGGCGGUGGCGUCGUCCCCGUGAUGUCGCGCAAACAUGAAACGUUUUUCCAGAGUGCCACUUAAACAGGGACUGCGGGCUUAUUUCAAAGAAAUAGAGGGGCUUUUGCGCAAAAACGCCAACGACGUACG